UUAUGAAACGUCAACAUGAUCGUGAUGGAAUUUGUUAAUCAAAUUGAAAUAUUCCACUAAAUUGUGUAUUAUAAAUGCUAAUAAGUGUUUGUUUGAUCAAAAAUUACACAAGUGAGUUGUAUCAGUACAAGCAGUGCAGUGCAAAUAUGUAGUUAAGCUGACGAUCGCGCGCAGCAACGUAGUUUUCUAAGUGUUGAUAGUUCUCAGCUGUACUUGAAGUAAGAGGCAGAAUGUCGCUCCCUGGAAAUGGAAUCUUCGUGGUGCAGGGGGAGAUGGCGAUGCUGGUCACGGCGAUGCGGCGGAGCACUCGCUGGGGCUCUCAUUCCUUCCCUAAUGAGGAAUAUGACGUACUUAUGCGUACCUUUCAAGAUCUCAAAACUAUACUGAACCAAGUGGAUGAUCUGAGAUUGCUGGACCCUCCGACGUAUCUGGGCCCGUUUCUAGAAGUUAUUAGAAGCAAGGAGACAACAGGACCUGUGACUAGCCUUGCUCUGUCUGCUAUAAACAAGUUUUUAUCAUAUGGACUGAUAGAUCCGACGCAUCCCAGUGUGCCAGCCACCGUGGAAGACAUCGCUGACGCGGUUACACAUGCACGGUUUGUCGGCACCGACCAUUCGUCGGACGGUGUUGUGCUUAUGAAAAUAUUACAGGUCUUGCGUACGCUAAUGCUGAGUCCGGAAGGCGCCAUGCUGACAGAUGACAGUGUAUGCGAGAUCAUGCUGAGCUGUUUCCGCAUCUGCUUCGAAACUAGACUCACAGAGCUCCUUCGCCGCAACGCCGAGCAAUGCCUCCGCGACAUGACGCAGCUCAUCUUCAUGCGUCUGCCGCAGUUCCCCGCCGAGGAUAACGCCGCUUUCGCUGCUGCUGCCCUCUCGCUGAAUAAGAGAGACAAGCCUAAGAAGAAGAUUACGACGGCUAAUAGCACUAACUCACUGGAAAGGAAAUCAUCAAUGACGGAACCCGCCAGCCCGACCAUUGACCCAGAAACGGACGCGGAAGCCAAAAAGGCGGACAGUCUUCGAAAUAGCCAAGACAAAAACCUAAUAAACGAAGCGGAAAUCACCAUAGAGCCAGUGGAAUCGAUCAAGAGCCCCAAGAAACAUACACGCCACUCGUCUAUGGAUCUGGCGACCACAGACAAUUCGUCCAUAGCACAACUUGUGGAGAAGUGUGUUAAUGCUGAUGAGACAGAGACAGAGGCGGAGGAACCUGCAGAAGUUCUUCCCCCAGAAUCAGACCCCGACGGCACAACUCCAUCUAAACCAGCCGAAGAAUCAGAGAAACUGGAAGAAUACGUCAACCACCGAGGCAUACGGUUCACACAGCAAGACGAGGCUCUAGACCUGCAGCCUUAUGGGCUAGCAUGCGUUCGAGAGGUUUUUAGGUUCAUAAUAUCGCUGUGCAACCCUCUGGACACCCAGAACACAUCUGGUAUGGUACACCUCGGGCUCUGCUUGGCUGGUACCGCCCUAGAAGUGGGCGCUGAUCAGUUGGCUCGGUACCCUUCGCUCUUGUACUUGGUGAAGGAUCCACUCUGUAGGAACUUGCUUAGUUUGCUGAGCACAGAGCGGAUAUCCAUAUUCGCCUUGGACCUUCAAAUAACCUUCCUACUCUUCGAGGCCCUCCGGUUCCACUUAAAAUUCCAAAUGGAGGCCUUCUUCAAAAAAGUCAUAGAAAUAGUCUCAAUGGACGUCUCUAAAGCGAACUACGAACUCAAAGAAAUACAACAUCUAACCCUAGAAAGCUUAGCACAGAUAUUUAGAAUACCAGGGAUUUGUAACGAGUUAUAUUUGAACUACGACUGCGAUAUAUACUGUAUGAAUGUGUUUGAGGAAAUGACUAAAUUGUUAUCGAAGAACGUUGUAUCGGCGACAGCUUAUAAUAUACAUACGUUGUCAUUGGAGGCGCUAAUGACUAUAAUAGAAGCCAUUGAAAUGAGUAAUCCGAAGGAGAGCGAGACGGAAGUUGUGGUUGAAGAGGAGGAAAAAGAGAGGAAAUGCGGUCACGUCAGCCUAGAGUUAGGCGGUAUGGAGGACUCAGUGAGCGACAUAACACAUGACAUAAGUCAGUAUUUCGGGUGCGGGCGGACCGGGCGGCAUAAGAUAGUGUCAGAAGUGCCUUCAGAAGCUGAGUUGGACAAUAUAAGGAACAUGAAAAAGUGGGUGACGCAAGGCACGGAACUCUUCAACCAGAAGCCAGAGCGAGGCAUCGAGUACUUACAAGAACACGGAGUCCUGAAAACGCCGCUGGAUCCUGAAGAAGUAGCGCUCUUCCUGAGAGAAAACCCGGAUUUGGAUAAGAAAAUGAUUGGUGAAUACAUUUGCAAGCGUUCAUCCCGCGACGAAGACGACGGCUACAGUGUCCUAGGGGCCUUCGCAUGCAGCUUCGACUACGCCGGGCUCCGCAUCGACCAGGCGCUCCGGCUGUACCUGGAGACCUUCCGACUGCCGGGGGAGGCGCCGCUGAUCUUCCUGGUUAUGGAGCGCUUCGCUGAACGAUGGCAUACCACGAACGGCGAGCCAUUCGCCAACACCGACGCAGCGUUUCGCCUGGCGUACGCCGUCAUCAUGCUCAACAUGGACCAACACAACCACAACGCUAAGAAACUCAACGUGCCCAUGACCGUUGAGGAUUUCGUCAAGAACCUGCGAGGGUGCAACGGUACUGGGGACUUCGACCAGUCUAUGCUGGAAGCCAUCUUCUAUUCCAUCAAGAACGAGGAGAUGGUAAUGCCAGCGGAACGCGUAGGCCCGGUCCGCGACGCGUACCUGUGGCGCGUGCUGCAGCGGCGCGGCAACACGCCCGCCGCGCGCUACCGCGCCGGCCACACCGCGCGCCUGCUGCCCGUCGCCGCGCCGCCGCAGAUAACAGCGCUCUCGGCAGCCUUCGAGCGCUCCUCCCCCCCAACCGCCGACGACAUCCUAACCAACAACCUGCAGAACGCCGCCAUACUGGCGCUGUGCGGCAUCGAGCGCUGCGCCGCGCUGCUGUCGCGGCUGCCGCCGGUGCCGCCCACGCUGACCGUGGACACGCUGCUGCUGACGCUGUGCAAGUUCACCGCGCUGCUGCCGCCGCAGCCGCACAUGCACCACCACGCUAUAGGAGUAACACUAGGCCAAUCAACCAAAGCCCAACUAGCGCUACGCCGCGCAUGCGCCGUGGCCGCUCGCCACGCCGACUGCAUCCGCGACGCGUGGCGACAUCUGUUGGAGAUCGUGCACACUUUGUAUCUUGGGAGACUUUUACCUAAGAGCCUAGUAGAAGCGGAGGAUUACCUGUCAUCCACUGGUACUGUGUCGCUCAUCCGUGAUGUCAACAGGGGCUCAGAAGCGGGUCUACUCUCUAGUAUAUACUCCUACAUAGCGCUGGGAGAAACAGGCAUGCGCGCACCCACGACACAUGAGAAGGCGCUAAUAGACGCAGCAACGGAGUGUGUAGAGAAAUGCAACCUUCCCGGCCUGCUCAUAACCGAGACCAAAUUCCUGCAGAUAGAAAGUUUGAAGGAAUUGAUUCACGCCAUGGUGACAGUGGGCGCUCCGCCGGACGCCGAGGCGCUGCAAGCGAACCCUCAGGCCGAAGACGUGACAGUAUUCUUCUUGGAGUUAUUAGGACACACACUUAUACAGAACAGGGACCGCGCCCUCGAAGUAUGGUCGGAAGCCUCCUCCCACUUCACGGCGGUGCUGGCGUGGGCGGCCGCCCGGCCCGCACCCACGCCGCGACGCGCGCUCACCGCGCUGCUGCGCACGUGCGCGCGCCUCAUGCGCUCCGAGCUGUGCUGCGCCAGCGCGCUCCGCCACCUGCACACGCUGUUCCAGCUGCCGCACACCACCUUCACCACACACGCCACCGUGAUAUCGUGCGGCCUCUACGAGCUGGUAAAGACGUCCGCCCAAAACGUUCACACCGCGGAGGAAUGGGAGAUUGUGUUCUCUCUGCUCUGUGCCGCCGGUGCCGGCGCCUGGCCCGCGCACAUAGCCCCGUCUGCCAACAACACUGCUUCGAGUCGAUCUGAAGGUUCCGAAGAAGAGGGAGAGAGACGGCCUACCUCGGCGUCGUCUGAUAGCGAACUGUCUCAAUCGCCACGCGCACACGGAUGGAUAUUGGUGAAAAACGAAGCCACAACUCCCGAUUCAGACUUCGACACAGACCAGCUAACUUUCCUCCCAUACAAACGUGCAGCUUUAGCGCGCUGCUGCGAGGCGCUGGCGCUGGUGGUGCGCGACGUCGCGCAUGUGACACCCCACAACUGCCGCGCCGCCGUGCGCGCUGUCAGGAUAUUCGCGCACGCCACUUUAACUAGAGCUAAAAAGCAGAAGGCCCGCGAAGGGCGUAAGCGGCCGAGCUCCGCGCGCCGCGCGAGCUACGAGGGCAGCAGUGAAGAUGAGGACGACACGCAGGACCAAUACCACAUGGUCAGUUUGCAGCUCCUAGACCUAAUGCACACACUACACAGCCGGACAGCGCAAAUAUUCAAGUGGUGGCGAGACGAGGCCGACCAGGAGCAAGGUGCUGAAGAAUACGACCUAUGGGAAGUCGCAUGGAAGCCUCUGCUGCAAGGCAUCGCCGAAUUUUGUACAGACAGAAGGAAACAAGUGGCGAACAGCGCUAUAGCGUACCUGCAGCGCGCGCUGCUGGCGCCCGGCCUGCACGCGCUGGGCGGCGCGCGCUGGGAGGCGUGCUUCGCGAGAGUCCUGUUCCCGCUGCUGGACGCCGUGGCGCCGCAGCACGCCAGCCGCGCCAACACUAUACUCUGCAAGGUGUUCCUACACCACCUCUCCGCCUUAUCACCGCGUCCAACAUUCGGCGCGCUCUGGCUCCGCAUAGUGUCCGUCCAGCGGACCCUAAUAUCGACCCCCUUGGACCCUCUCACCGAGGCGGCGCUCGAGUCCCUCAAGAACAUGAUACUGGUCAUGCACUCAGUGCGGAUAUUCAGUAACGCGGACGGCUACAACGACCUGUGGUACAUCACGUGGGAGAAGAUCGCAGAGUUCCUGCCUAACCUGAAAGAUGAGCUUUUCCCAGAGGCAAAAGACACCAAACCUACACAACUUCCUCCCGCCCCUCCCAACCCCCAAAACCCCCUCCAAACCCCAUCCCCGACCCAAUCGCCGACGCUUCAGUCUUCGUCACCCACACUCCAGUCUUCGGCACUGAACGGGGCCCCACAACUGGUCGCGCCGGUGCCAGUGUUGCCAGUUAGUGGCAUGGUACCUAUAAGGAACCCGCUGUAUGAUCAGACUGGUCUCAGCGCUUCGGUGUUACUACAACCUUUGAAUGAGAUGGUGUCCACACCAAUAGGAAUAUCCCUUCAGUCACAAAUACCAACCCUUUACCGCGCCCCCGAGCAAGUACCACAACCGCAAGCGGUACCACAGCAGAUACCAGUUCAACAAGUACCACAGCAGGUACCAGUUCAACAAGUACCACAGCAGGUACCAGUUACACAAGUACCACAACCGGUAUCACAGCAGGUACCAGUGCAGCAAGUACUCCAUUCGGUACCACUAACGCAAGUUUUAUCACACCCGAUACCACCGGUACCACUUCAACCACAAGUAACCCCCCAACCGGUACCAGUACCUCAAGUACCACCGCAACUACCUUCCAAUCCGGUACCACCUCAACAAGUACCAUCUCAAAUACAAACUCCAAAUGACCCAAAACCAUCAAUAAUCGACUUAAAUUACGACAUAAUCGAAGUAACCAAAUUAAAACAGAGCGAACUAUUCGCGGAAUACAUGACCAACCCUUACAAUGACACCACAAUAUCCCCUAAAGAGGCGACCUUAUACGACCCUGAGGACCCAAAACCGCUCUUAGACAAGAAAUCUCUAAGUGCAAACGCGACCCCUAUGCAUGUAAAAAAUCAAACUCAAUUUGGCUCAACAGACAAUGUGACACAGAGCUUCAAUUUCACGAGUUACUUCGGUUCUGUGAACGAGUUGGUAACGCCGGGGUCUGAGGUCUUUGACAGUUUGACUGGAGACGGAUAGCUCGAGGACAUUGGGACUUGGUUGUAAAUAGCUCAGAGCUCAGUUUAUGCCAUUUUCGAUUUAGUACGUUCGGUUUAGAGUCUAUUUUUUUUGGCGAUUUAAAUGAUGUUUUGACUAGUCUGUAAUUCUGUAUUACAAUUGUUUUGUGCAAUAACUUCUUGGAAAUGUCUUAAAUUUAAUACGAGAUAGCAACUUGACAAGUCUGUGUAAAUUAUAUAUUUAUUAUUGAUUUGUAUUCAUGUUUGGAACCUAGAUUAAAAAUGCACUAAAGUUAUAAUUUAAAAUGACUUAGAAACAUGUUUUUCAAAUAAUAAUGAAAAAAUACGAGAGCUCUGUGAUUAGUUAAUGACACUAUAACUCGAAGCAUAACUUUUGCAAACAGUAUUCAUGAUGUAAAAAAAUGGAAUCCGAAUUUUGUUAUUUAGGUUAUAAAGUUUUGGUUGUUGAUUUAUUUAUGUAAAGUAUAAUUUUAUAUAAAUUUGGAUGAAGCUUCUUAAGUGUGGUUCAAUAUUCGACCUUACCUAACGGUAAUAAAGUCUGUAUAACUAUUUGUUGGUAAGUUUGCAAAAGUUAUGCUUCUUAGGGCCAUUUGCACCAUCCCACUACGCCGGAGUUAACCUGUUAAACCGUUAACCCAGUAUCAAAUUAUACUGAUAACCAUGUUAACUCCAGUUUUAACCGGUUAACCCCGGGUUAGUGAAUGGUAAAAGUGCUCCUUAGAUAUCUAAUCGUUAUUAGAAUAGUUGGGUACUUGUGACUCGGGCCUAGCAUAAAUAUGUAUUUACUUUUCUUUAUAAUACUUACAUUCCAAGUUUUGUUUUUAUUUUGUUUUAUUAUUUAUUUAAAGCCAUCAGUACUAGAAAUAUACCUAAAACGAUAGCCAUAACGUCAUUGUAUAGUCAAGUGUUUUUGUAGAGAAAUAAAUUAUAACAACUAGCUGUUUUAAAGUUCAUUUCCAUACUUGGGCCAAAUUUUUUUUUAUUAGUAUAUUUUCGUCACUUAUAUUUCCAAUUUGGUGAGUUUAAAGAGGUCCUCAUUCUGGGCGGAAAAAAUCCCAAAACCGACAAAAUAAAUGUAUGUAAUUAAUUUUCUACUGAGUUAUUGAAAAGCUGUACGUUUUGGGUAACAUUGCGCUUAUAGGUAUUGUAUAGAAUAGGGAACCUCUAUAUAUCCACCAAAUAGGGAAUUAUACGCAAAACUCUGCUACCUCUGCGUAGAGGGCGCUACUAACGCAAACUGUCAAGAAACCGCCUUGCUGUCAUAUUAUUAUUUAUUCGUAACAAAUAAUCUGUGAAAACUUGUCAAAAAACUGUUUAAGGCGUAAUAUAUAUAAUAUACAUAUAUACGUUACUCUUAUGUCUAUGGUUUAUGGUUUGUGCUAGUGCUGCCUCUGGCGACAGAACAUUGCAGUAUUACUCCCUAAUGUAUUAUAUUCUGACGAAAAACAAUACAACAUAAUAAAAAUCGGCCCAAUUUGCGGCAGAUAGCAGUCGCAUGUUGUAUAGAGAUCUGGGUGCAUAGCCAAGGUGCAAAUCGCUUGCGUUACGACAACGAGAGGUUUCGUGUCUCUCUAUCACUCUUCCAUAUCGGAGCGUAAACGAUUGUCAUUUUGGCUACGCACCCUGACAUACAGAAUAUGUUACCAAUACUAUGAUAUGAAGUUAUUUCAUAUGUUUAUUCCAUACAAACCAGUAACAUCAGCUUACAGCGACAUCUGCCGUCGAACGUGGAACUGCGCCUUUGUGUAAAAUUAACAUCAAACAGCUGAAGGGGCGCAUUAAAGACAAAGCAAUUUGAACCUUCUGUACAAUAGAUACAUUUCAUAUUUAAGUGGCAUUGGUAGCCCCAUACCGCACCGUGUGCUUGAUACCAUUGUAAUGUGGAAUAUAACUACUUUAUAGAGGGUUCAAAUUCCUUAAGUUUUAGUAAAAUGGCCCCAACUCGUUAUUUGAUGUUAAAAGUAGUCAAAGAAUUAUACCAUCUCGUAGGUAUCUUGUCACAGUGACAAUCAAUAUGGACGCUGGGAUCUCAUACCAUUAUCACUGCGACAACAAGGUACGAAAUUAAAUUCCUUCACCGUACAGCUGAUUGGCUAGCUCACUUACUUAUAUAACUAUUAGUCAACUUCUAUAGGAUUUAUAGUAUAUUUUACCGACUUCAGUACCAGGGUCUUUUUAGUAUGUAAAUUGUAAUUAAUCGUUUCGUUUUGUAUAGAGAGCUAUAUAUACCUAUCGAUGUAAUAUAUGUUUAAAGAUUUAUUAAUAAAAGUGUUUAACAAUUUUA